UACAAGUCCCUUGUGUCGCAGCUCUGUGGUCGUCAAGUCAGACAGUGUGCAGGAUUCAGUUUUGAACGUCCGGAGCGAGCGGGAGUGUGUCCCUGGACUGGAUUCAAUCAGCGCCGCGGUGUUGUGGUGUCCCGAUGGCGACCGACAUUGUUGCGCAGUUGGCCGACUCCCUGGCCAAGACUGGAGUAGAGGAAGGAGAGCUGAGCUACAAGGGCCAGGGAAGAAAGCUGGAUGAUGCCCAGUCAGUGAAGGAAAUGGUGAAGGAGAUCGAGGACUUCAAGGGUUUAAAGGCCCUGAGGUUGGAGGGAAACACUAUAGGUGUGGAGGCAGCACAGGCCAUCGCCAAGGCCCUAGAGACAAAGAACGAGUUCAAGUGCUGUUAUUGGAGUGACAUGUUCACAGGUCGCCUGCGCUCUGAGAUCCCACCUGCCCUGAAUUCAUUGGGUGACGCUCUGAUGCUGGCGGGUGCCAGGCUGACUGUUUUAGACCUCAGUGACAACGCCUUUGGACCAGAUGGGGUGAAGGGCAUCGAGAAUUUGCUCAAGAGCACCGCCUGCUACACAUUGCAAGAGCUACGGCUCAACAACUGUGGCAUGGGCAUUGGAGGGGGGAAGAUCUUGGCUGCUUCAUUGACCCAGUGCCAUAGAAAAUCCAGUGAAAAGGGCACCCCCCUCAGCCUGAAGGUGUUUGUUGCCGGGAGGAACCGACUGGAGAACGAUGGAGCCACUGCCCUCGCUCAUGCCUUCCAGUUGAUAGGCAGCCUGGAGGAGGUUCACAUGCCCCAGAAUGGCAUCAAUCACCCAGGAGUAACAGCACUGGCCACAGCCAUGCAGCACAACUCAGGCCUCCGCAUCCUCAACCUCAAUGACAACACCUUCACUGAGAAGGGAGCUAUCGCCAUGGCUCAGGCCCUGAAACACCUACGCAGCAUCCAGGUGAUAAACUUUGGAGACUGUCUGGUGCGGCCAGCAGGAGCCAUAGCUAUUGCAGAAAGUGUAUUGGAGGGUUUACCAAUACUCAGGGAACUCAAUCUGUCAUUUGGGGAGAUUACAGAGGAAGCUGCUCUGGCUGUGGCACAUGCAGUAAAGGGCAAAGACCAGCUGGAGAAACUGGACCUAAAUGGUAACUAUCUAGGAGAGGAUGGCUGCAAAGCUCUGAAAGAGUCCAUGGAAGGCAUGAACAUGGGCGACCUUCUAGGAUCACUCAGUGACGACGAGGGUGAGCCAGAAGAUGACGACGAGGACGAAGAUGAAGAUGAGGACGAGGAUGAGGAGGAAGUGGAUGAUGAGGAAAUCGACGAGGAAGAGGAAGAAGAGGAGGAGGAAGAGGAAAGCAGUGGCAUCAAGUUGUCCACCCCUACGUCAGCACCCCGGCCACCAGAUGUCUCUUCCUUCCUCAGCUUUCCAUCCCCAGACAAACUGCUCAAACUGGGGGCCAAGAGAGCGUUGCUGAUUGAGCAGCAGGUGGAUGUAUCAGAUGCUACAAAAACAGCUGAAGCCUUCCUCAAGAUUGCAUCUGUGUACAAGGAGGAGAAUAAUGAUGUUAAGAAUGCAGUUUUGGACAGCAUUGAUGCCCUUCUGAAGAAGGCUUUUGCCACUCCUUCCUUCCAAGGCUACAACUUUGUAUCAUCUUUGUUGAUUCUGCUUGGACUUAUCAAGAGUGAGGACAAGGUGAAGCCUGUGCUCGUGGUUCCCGGCCACCUCCACGCCUUGGAGCACGUUGUUCGACAGGACUACUUCCCCAAAGAGGAUGUGGCUGUGCUGCAGGCCUUCAUGUCCCGGUAAGGGCGUGACAGAAUGACCCAAUCAGCAGGCAUCAUGCAGAAACAACAAGGCCCUAGAUUCAUGUGGCAAUGCCAGAAAUAGCCUCCAGUCAACACUGCAGAGAGUCAGGUCUGAGGGCUGAGGACUGUGCAUACAGAGACGCACACACACACACACACAUAUGCACGCACACUGAACUUUGACAGACCACUGAUGGACCUUUUGGAAACCAGCACACGUGAGCUCAUAUUUGAAGCAGGUAAAGCAGAGCAGCACUUGAGAAGAACAGACUUCACUCAGACACACUUGGCAGUGUCACGGCUGUCCUUCACAAGCUCAACAACACACUUCUUUCUGAACUCUGAACUGGACUUGAAUUCAUUGUGUUUUGAAGUAGACGAUGCUCUUACGGUGUGGACUAACUGAAGUGCUUCAUGUACACUCAUAUGUAACCACAGGAAAGCACUGACAACUUCACGCUCUUUGUAUUCUGGUGAAUAGGAAAAAGCCUCAUUUCCCUCAUAACCUAAGAUCUGUGAGUUGUCUCCUGGUUAGAUUACACUUUAGUGCAAACCAGAAAAGCCCUGCCCAGAGUUGAUCUGAGCUGUUGUACAUUUUAUAUUUCAUAUCUACUAUUACUAUUCUAUUGUUUUAUAUUGAAUGUUUAUUAAAUUCGAUAAUAUGGUCAAACAAUGUUAUUAAAGUAUCUAUUGACUGAUGAAUACUAUCAAAAUAAGACUUUAUAGUACAAUAGAACAAUCAAAAGGGAUGAAGUUUAAAUGUAUAUCCUGCCUUUCAUGAGGCACAAGGUGGAGUGGUUUUGAAUUUGUGAAAAUAAAGCUGAUUUGAGUGUU